UUGUUUGUUUUCUUCCGCGAAACAAACUUUUCCAGUUUGGAAAUUUUUAGCUGAUUGGAAGGAGAAAUGUUUGCGGUCUAUGUGCUUGAAAGCUUCUAAAAUUAUUUCGUUCGACCUGCUGCUCUCCAUACAAGAGCUCGGUGGUAGGCCUCACAAAUUGGGCACCGCUCUCCGGGGUUUGGAGGAAUUUGCGGUCAGCCAUCCGUCAUGACUACCUUGCAGGAUUUGAUUCCCAUCGUCAACAAACUGCAAGAUGCCUUCGCCUCGAUGGCCAAUGCGCCGUCGAUCGACCUGCCGCAGAUCGCCGUGGUGGGAGGACAGUCAGCUGGUAAAUCGUCCGUACUGGAAAACUGCGUGGGAAAGGACUUUCUGCCGCGUGGAUCAGGCAUUGUAACCCGUCGACCCCUUGUCCUGCAGUUGAAUCAUGUCCCCAAAGGAGAAUGGGGCGAGUUCUUGCACGCCAAGGGACGCAAGUUCACCAACUUUGAGGAGAUUCGCAAGGAGAUUGAGGACGAGACGGAUCGCAUGACAGGCAGCAACAAAGGCAUAUCCAACAUCCCGAUCAACUUGAGAGUAUUCUCGCCGAAUGUGCUCAAUCUCACUCUCAUCGACUUGCCCGGCCUGACCAAGGUUGCCGUGGGAGAUCAGCCGGUGGAUAUUGAGCAGCAGAUUCGCGACAUGAUCAUGCACUUCAUCGCCAAGCCGAACUGCCUCAUCCUUGCCGUGUCUCCGGCCAACAGUGACUUGGCCAACAGCGACGCGCUGAAAAUGGCCAAGGAAGUCGACCCGCAAGGUCUACGGACAAUCGGUGUGGUGACAAAGCUGGAUUUGAUGGACGAGGGUACUGAUGCCAAGGAUAUCCUGGAGAACAAACAUAUUCCACUUAGAAGAGGGUAUAUUGGUGUUGUGAAUCGCUCACAGAAGGACAUCAUGGGUAACAAGGACAUCAAAGCAGCGCAAGAGGCUGAACGGCGUUACUUCCUUAGCCAUCCGUCUUACCGGCAUCUAGCUGAUCGCUGUGGUACUUCCUACCUGCAGAAGACACUCAAUCAGCAAUUGACUAAUCAUAUUCGUGAGACGCUGCCGUCGAUUCGUCAGAAUCUCCAAGACCAGCUCAACAGACUGGAGCCAGAGGUCGCUGACAUGAAGAAGUUCAACCCGGACGACCCGAAUAUGAAAACCAAGGUCAUGAUGUCGACGCUGUACAAGUUUUCGGACGACUUCAAGUCGAUCGUGGAAGGAGUGGGUACCAACAUUGAUCUUGCCGAGCUCUCCGGUGGCUGCAGAAUCAACGCAAUAUUCCACGAGAAACUUCCUCUCAAGCUGGCCAAGGUGGAGUUUGACGAGAACGAGAUUCGGCGUGAAAUCAGCAUUGCUAUCCGCAACGUGUCUGGUGUUCGAGGCUCCAUUUUCACACCUAACAUGGCGUUCGACAUCAUUUGCAAGAAGCAGAUUAGGAUUUUCCAUAACCCGGCGAAUGAAGUCAUUGACCUGGUGUGUGAUGAGCUAAGGUCAAUAGUGUCUAAACUAUGUAGCAAGAUCAACAAAUACCCAAGCUUGAGCGAUGAGAUUGACCGCGCGUGUCGUUCCACCAUUGUUGAAAGCGCCGAGCGAUGCAAGAGAUUUGUUGAUGUGAUUAUUGAUGGUGAGCUAGCAUACAUCAACACUAGGCAUCCGGACUUUGAGAGCGCGAGUACGAAGAAGAAAGGCAAGAAAGACGGACAAGGCAUCCAGGUGGUACGCAAGGGCAUGUUGACAACGACCAAUGUGAGCAUGCUCAAAGGAGGCUCAAAGGAGUACUGGUUCGUGUUGACAGCUGACACUCUGGCUUGGUACAAGGAUGAAAAGGAGGAGGAUCAAAAAUACCUGCUGCAGCUGGAGCACGUCAAGCUGAGGGAGACCGACACUGGUAAACCGAUGUUUGGCAGGAAAUGUGGCUUUGCCCUGUUCAACCCAUCAGCAAAGAACUUGUUCAAGGACCAGAAACAGCUGGAGUUGUCAAACGAUGAUGAGGAGUACAUCGAAGGAUGGAAGUCGAGUUUCUUGCGUGCCGGUGUCUAUCCGGACAAGGGUGGAGAAGAAUCAGUGGAAAUGUACACGGGCAAUGACCCGCACAUGGAGCGCAACGUGGAGAAGAUCCGCAGCAUGGUCGACUCCUACGUGACCAUCGUCAUCAACCUGGUCAAGGACCGAGUGCCGAAGUCCAUUGUGCACAUCAUCAUUAUGAGCCUGCGGAAUUUCGUGGACGAAGAUAUCUCCAGCUAUAUCUAUGAUCAAAAUGUAUCAGAUCUCAUGUGUGAGAGUCCCGGUGAAGAAGAGCGUCGUCGUAACGUGCUGCAGUUGUACAAGGCAAGCCGUGAAGCACUGGACAUCAUCAACGAUGUCAACACCAAAACAACAAGCACUCCUGUACCACCACCGGUGGAGAACAGCAUUCAAGUGGAAGCCGUUGCGCGGCCAGCAUCGCGUCCAUCGGGAUCACGUCCGAGUGCACCGACAACCAAGCGUCCACCACUGCCCAAGGGAAACAGCUUCGGUAGUGAUCCAGCGCCGAGCAGACCGCCACCAGGCAGAUCCCCGGCACCUACUAGGCCAGUGCCGGCGCAACCGCCUCGCCCUUCCGCCGCGGCUGUUCCCAAGCGACCCAGCAGACCUGCCAGGCCAACGUAGGGAAAAGGAAAAGCUUUACACACCUGCUGAUCAUUGCCUGCCUGGAGGUGUACGUGUGUGUGUAUGCGUGUGUGCGUUUGUUUGUGUGUGUAUGUGUGUGUGCAUGUGUUUGUGUGUGUGUGCGCGUGUGUGUGCGUGCGUGCUCGUGCUUGUAACUUUGCUUGUAUCUGUCCCUGUUUUUGAGCGUGCAUAGUCGUUAUAUUUCUGCUUCUGCAUCGCCCAGUUGUAAUGUGUUCUUGCGCGUAGUCUGGAGGUGUGCUCAACGUCCGUAACCUACUUGCCUUGCCCUCCCCCCCCCUCCCCUCGCACCCACACACACAUGCACUUUGCUAUUCCUGCCCAGCCCUAACACAUAUUUCACCUACCUUGCUGUGUGUGCGUCUGUGUGUCUGUGCGUCUGUGUGUGUUUAUGUGUGUACUACCUGUAUGUAGAGGUGCGUAUCCUUGAAUGCUCCGUGCUCACUUGGCUUGCUGCAAUCUUUAGUGUCAUGGCUGUUUGCGAUGUCGCCAUCUUUUUUAUUAUUAUAUUUAUUGAACUUUUUUUCUUUCUUUUUCUUGACCAACUCUUGAGUACGAAAGCAAAGUCUUGAAUAUUGCGAGACUUUGCACUUGCACCGCUCUGCUGUAUACGCUGAGCUGCGAGUGCUGCUGAAAUUCACAUGAUAAAAUGCUAUUGCUGUAGCUAGCGCAUAUCUUGGGGCCACUGUCCGUCCGUUGAAAUCUUACUCCUUUUUUUGCUGCACAUUGCUACUGGACCGCUGAUUUGACUGCGCUGUCGUCUCCAUACGUUUACUCCGCAACUUGAUGUGAGCCACCUCCGCCACCAUGCACGCGCGGUAUUUAUAGUCGUGCCCUGCGCACGCACAUA